GCCUUGGUUGUUGAUCCCGGAUGUCCACGUCCCCUGCGAGUAGUACCGGUAGUGCGUCGAUUGUGUCGGCGGCGGCGUCGGCCGCCACUGCACCCGACAAUGUCAACCGCACACAUAACACUCCCAAGAAAGCACAGCCACGCAAGAAGAAGCAGCAGCCGUCCCAACAACUUGUUCCAUCGGCCGCGGUAGUGCAAGCCAGCGUCCUUCGACCUAACGCCACCGCCUUUACGCCUCCAACUGGUGCAGCGCCGGACAAAACCCGACAUGGAAAGAAACAACAGCCGCGACAACCCCGAGGAGGUCGAGGGGCCACAGAGCGACCUGUCGGACCUGUGGCACAUCGUUCAACCUCGGCCACAACGGCCGAAGCGACUCCAGCGCCUGGGACAACCACCAUCCCACUUUCCAAACCUUCAAACACACGACGUUCGCGCGGCGGUCGGCAUGGUCGCACACCCAAAGAUGUGUCUGAAACCCACGACAUUGACGUUGACACCGAGUCCACGACGACUGGUGCUGCUACCUCCCUUGAGUUGUGUUUGGUCUGCGCUGAACGGUUUCGAUACCACGCGAUUGGGGAAUGCAACCACUACGGUAUCUGCUCGACCUGUUCCAUGCGCAUGCGUCUGUUGAUGAAGGACUUCAACUGUCCCAUCUGCAAGCAGGCCAACCCGCGCGUGAUCGUCACCGAUACGGUCGCGCCCUACGCGAGCUUUGGCAUCUGGGGCGACACGGGCGGCCCUGGUGUCCUGCUGGACGACCGCGCUGACAUGUUCUUUAGCCACUGCGAAGCCCAUUACGAGGCCCUCGUGCGCCGCCGCGACCUGUACUGCCGCCGAUGUCCAAAGUCCCACCGGCCCAAGUUUCGCGUGCUCGAGGAACUCCAGCUGCACAUGGAGAAUGACCACGCAAUAUACUUUUGCGACCUGUGCGUACAGCACCAGCACUUUUACGUCGGCGAGUACCCGAUGUUUACGAUGAAGGAGCUCAUGCUCCACCAGACCGCCGCAGUGUCGGCCACGGCCCGCGCGCGCCAUCCCCUCUGUGAGUUUUGCCAUGUCCGGUACUACAGCGACGUGGAACUGCAUGUGCAUUUGGAACGCGAUCAUUUCAAAUGUCACCUCUGUCCGGACGUCCAGCACCGGUAUUACCGCAACUACAAAGGCUUGGAAACGCAUUUUCGACGCCAGCACUUGUUUUGCGAAGAUCCGUCGUGCAUUGCCAAGGGAUUUGUCGUAUUCCAACAUGACAUUGACUUUCAAGCGCACAUGGUGUCUGUUCACGGGAACCACGACAACCGCCUUCGCAUUGCGUUUACGGUGCGUCGGGGCAUCGAAGACGACGUGUCGUCGACGACGGGAGGGCGCUUCAAUGACACGUGGGAGUUUGGGGCCCCGCCGCCGUCGGCUUCGUCGCGGCAACGCGAGGAAUUCCCUGCGCUACCUGCCGCGGCUCCGUCCGCUGCGCCGGCGCCUGCCACACGACCGCCGCCACCACCGACGAUCCGUCCUUCGGCUGUUCCCGCUCCGUCGGCGUUGGUGCCCCGCGCAAUGCUGACGCGGAAUGCCCAACUCGCGACCGCGUUUGGCCGAGGGCCCAAGACGGACGACGCUUUGGAAAAGGAACUCGAACCACAAUACUCGCAAGAACUCAAGGAGUGGGGCCGCGUGAAAUUCCGGACGCUUGUGGCUGUGGAAAAGAAGAUCCAAGACAUGAUGGCCGACCGCGCAUGCUUUAGCACUCAUCUAAAGUCGAUGCCUCGGGAAAUGCGACGGAUGAUCCACGAAUUGGCAGUGUUUUACGGUCUCAAGUCGGAAUCCCGCGAUGCCGAACCCAACCGUUUCAUCUCGUUGUACAAGCUGCAAACGUCGACGCUGCCCCCAACUUCGCUAUCCAAAUGCCUCCUGGACGAAGCCCAAGGACCCAAGCGACAGACUCGCCGGGCACGUGUGUAUGUAGAUCGCAACGUCAAGCUGCCGGAAGGUCGGGGAUGGGAAAAGGUCUCGGACGUGCCUGUGGUGGCAGCUCCGCAGGAACCCAAGGACGCGUGGAGCGACGAAGACGACGCCAUUGAAGACGUCAGUGCCUUUGUGCGGCCUGAAGGCAGUUCCACGCGGCUAGAGUUCCUUCGCCGCACAGAUGGCCACGUGUCCGAGUAGAAGGUGUCAUACGUCCAAGUAGAUUAUGGACGUUCGAAAAAUGAUUUCGCGCACAAUUUGUACGUGUUCCGGAUAAUCAACCGGAACUUACACGUCAACUGCAUCCUUAGACUAAUGUAUUGAGCCAGAGUGAGCACGCUACUACAUAACGGUGUCUGGACUUGAACUUAUGUACCAAAGUACAGAGACACA